AUGGAUUGGGCAAAUCACUCGUCGCCUUCGCGCCUCGACUCGUUUGUUGAUGAAUUGGUCGAUGUCUGGCACCUCCACCGAACGCCUAUUCUCUUCACCAUUUGCAUCAUUCUCGUCGCUAUUCGAAUUUACUUCCAGUUCAAUGGACAAAAGACAGAAGUAAUCGCUUUCAAGAAGGCUUACGAAGAACCCGCGAAGCCAAAGGUCGCAGUCGAAGAAGUCAAGGUUGAACAAGUUGAAAUCGAAGAAAAGACCCCCACCAUCGAGCCCGUCGAGGAGAAAAAGAAUGCCAAAUCUCAGGGACCCCGACGAAUCAAGGGUGGCUUAGCCAGAAAACCAUCAAAGAAAACAGAGGAAGAAAAGGACAUUAGUCGGCCUGUCGUACCUCUUGUCUUCUUUUGUUCAGUUACGACCAAGACGGCCAAGAUCGCGCAAGCAUAUGUCGAGAAGUUAGGAGGAAAGUUAGACGAGCUUUCCAAGCAGUCAGGUCGACAAUUCCUCAAACCCGAAACCCGAGACCUUACCGAGAUUGACUUCGAUGAUUACUUCCUCACUCCCUACAAGGCGCAUGGUGAUGCCGACCUCUUCUACCUCUUUCUGAUCCCCAGUUACAAUAUCGAUACCAUCAACGACACCUUCCUCGAACAUCUCCAGGAGACCCAUCAUGACUUCCGAAUUGAUACUGCGCCUCUAUCCGGCAUCCUAGGCUACUCGGUUUUCGGUUUCGGUGACAAGGAGAAUUGGCCUACUGAAGCGGACGGUUUCUGUUUCCAAGCCAAGGAGGUCGACAAGUGGAUGGCUAAGCUCACCGGUCGCAAGAGAGCUUACCCUGUUGGAAUGGGCGAUAUGCAAAGUGAUCAUGAAGAACGUCUGCAGGAAUGGACCCAGGGUGUCGAAGAAGUCAUCGAAUAUGUCGCUCGUACCGGAAGCUUGGGAGAAGGGCUUCCUGGCAGUGGAGCAGCUGACGAAAGUGACGUCGAGGACAUUGCCGAAGAUGAAGAUGAUGGCGAGGUUAUCAUUGAAGACGACGCUACCGACAAAAAGACAAAGGGUGGAAGGGAUCUUGACGACGUUGAGGAUCUUGGGCGCAUGAUUCGAAAGGAUGAUGGCUCGACCGUUCAAAAAGCCCCUCUCGCUGUUGAUUUCACCAACUAUGGAUCUUCCACAAAGAAGGCAGUCCCUCAAGGACCAAAGAAGAUGGUUGCCAAAGAAUCGCCUACAUACAAAGCACUCACCAAGCAAGGUUACGCCAUUGUCGGAUCUCACUCAGGAGUCAAGACAUGUCGAUGGACAAAAUCGGCUCUCCGUGGACGAGGCUCCUGUUAUAAAUGGUCAUUCUACGGCAUCGCAAGUCAUCAAUGUAUGGAAACAACCCCUUCGCUCUCCUGCUCGAAUAAGUGUGUCUUUUGCUGGCGCCACGGCACAAACCCAGUUGGAACAACAUGGCGAUGGGUUGUGGAUCCUCCCGAUCUCAUCUUUGACGGCGUUAAAACAAACCAUUACAAGAAGAUCAAAAUGCUGCGUGGUAUGCCUGGUGUGCGAGCUGAGCGAUUUGCUGAAGCUAUGCAGAUCAGACACUGCGCUCUGUCGCUUGUCGGAGAACCCAUCUUUUAUCCCUACAUCAACGAGUUCCUUGGCAUGCUACAUGCUGAACGUAUUUCCUCCUUCCUUGUCUGUAAUGCUCAACACCCUGAUCAACUCGCCGAUCUCAAGGCUGUAACUCAGCUCUACGUAUCUAUCGAUGCAGCUGAUAAGGAAUCACUACGAAGAAUCGACAGGCCUCUCCACCGAGACUUCUGGGAGCGCUUCAACCGCUGCCUCGACAUUCUCCGUGAAAAGCGCUUCAGCCACCGAACUGUGUUUCGAUUGACACUCGUCAAGGGUUUCAACGUUGAGGAGGAGGCUGAAGGAUAUGCGCGACUCGUGGAACAAGGCUUGCCAUGCUUCGUCGAAGUCAAAGGCGUCACAUACUGUGGCACAUCGACUUCAUCGAAUGCUGGCCUGAGCAUGUCCAACGUUCCCUUUUACUGGGAGGUUGUUGACUUUGUCAAGGCUCUCGAGAAGAGGUUGAAGGAAAAGGGGCUAAAGUACGGCAUCGCUGCCGAGCACGCUCACAGCUGCUGCAUUCUCUUGGCUAGCGAGAGGUUUUAUGUCGAUGAAAAGUGGCACACUUUGAUCGACUACAAGAAGUUCUUUGAACUUCUCGAGGAGCGUGGAGCUGGGAACUUUACCCCAGAGGAAUACAUGGGGGCGCCAACCCCCGAGUGGGCUCUGUGGGGUAAUGGAGGUUUCGAUCCUCGUGAUGAUCGAGUGGACAGAAAGGGACGCAAGAUUGAAGCAUCAUAA